AGUAACUUGCUCUCCCGUAAUGUAUUAUUCUAACAUUUUUCUACAACGGCCACGAGAAAACGUUGAUCUAUUUUUCUCGUUUGCCAAAACAAGGUGAAAAUUGAUGGCAGAUGUCACUUUUCCAAGUCAAUCCCAAAGAAGACCAAAAAAACUCGGAUUAUAAUAACAAUCCUCAUCGGACAUAUUCUCCCCCUGUAUAAUUCAUUUCGUAGAAGUUGUAUCAAAUCUCAAUUUGAUUGCCAAAUAGUAAUAGUAUUGAUCCAAUAUGGGCGAGAAUAUGAGAUCAUCAUCAUCAUCAUCAUCAUCAAGAUCAGAAACUGUGGUGGUGAUGUUCCCUUUCAUGGCACAAGGCCACAUCAUACCAUUCCUGGCUUUGGCUCUCCAAAUAGAACGCAAGAAUGGAUUCUCCAUAAUCUUCAUCAACACGCCUCUCAAUAUCAGAAAGCUCCGAUCAUCUCUCCCUCAGAACUCCUCCAUUCGUCUUCUCGAAAUCCCCUUCUCCGCCACCGACCACGGCCUCCCUCCCGACUCCGAGAACACCGACGUCCUUCCCUACCCCCUGGUCAUCCGCCUUCUAGAAGCUUCCACUUCUGUCGCCCCUUCCUUCCAGAAAAUUCUCCAAGAUCUCAUCCUUGCUGGCCGAAAACCGCUCUGCGUCAUCGCCGACAUCUUCUUCGGCUGGACGGCCACCGUCUCCAAAGAGCUCGGAAUCUUCCACGCCGUCUUCAGCGGCUCCAGCGGCUUCGGCCUCGCCUGUUAUUGCUCUCUCUGGCUCAAUCUUCCUCACCGGAGAAACGGCGGCUCCGACGAGUUUUCUUUGCCGGAUUUUGAAGAAGCGAAGGAGAUUCAUGUCUCUCAAUUGCCUCUCAAUAUCUUCGAGGCUGAUGGUGAGGAUUCUUGGUCUAAAAUCCAGAGGCAAAAUCUGUCUUCUUGGUUUGAUUCCGACGGGAUUUUGUUCAACACUGUUGGGUGUUUCGAUCAGCUAGGCUUGAUGUAUUUCGAGAGAAAGUUCGGCCGUCCGGUAUGGCCAAUCGGACCGGUUCUUUUGUCGUCGGAAAGCCGAGCUUCUGUAGGGAAACAAAAAGGUGUAACAUCAGAAAUCUGCUGGGAAUGGCUGAAUGCAAAGCCUUUAAACUCUGUUCUGUACGUGUCGUUUGGUUCGAUGAACACAAUUUCACCAACACAGAUGAUUGAGUUAGCGACGGCUUUGGAUAAAAGUAAGAAGAACUUCAUCUGGGUGGUUAGGCCGCCGAUGGGCUUCGACAUAAACUCGGAGUUCAAAGCGGAGGAAUGGCUUCCAGAAGGGUUUGAAGAGAGGAUUCAGGGAAGAGGGUUGUUGGUGAGGAACUGGGCUCCCCAAGUGGAGAUUUUGUCUCACAAGGCAACGUCUGCUUUUCUGAGUCAUUGCGGGUGGAACUCCGCGCUCGAGGCCCUCAGCAACGGCGUGCCGAUGCUGGCGUGGCCGAUGGCGGCGGAGCAGUUCUUCAACGCCGUGCUGUUGGAGAGAGAGGUUGGGGUUUGUGUGGAGGUGGCUAGAGGGAAGAAUUGUGAGGUUAGGCAUCAAGACUUGGUGGCCAAAAUUGAGUUGGUGAUGAGUACUGAGAAAGGGAGUGAAAUGAGAAGGAAAGCUUGUGAGUUGAGGGAGAUGAUUGAGAAUGCUGUUAAGGAUCAUGAUGAUGAUCGGGAUGGUUGUUUUUAUAAAGGGUCUUCUCCUAAAGCAUUGGAUGAUUUUUUCAGUGCUGCAAUGAACAUGACAAAGUCAAAUUAGUAAGGGAAUGAUAUGAAUAAUGAAUAUUUGAAUUUUGAGGUUCCGAUUAAAUGAAAGUUGCCUGGGGUUGUUUUUCUUUUUGAUUUUGUUUUCGUUUUUGUUUGUCAGUUUGCCUUGAUUAAGAUCUGUACAUUAAUCAUUGUAGCUGGUGGCCUGACCGUGGCACCUACAUGUAUAAUGUAUUAUUCAGGCAAGGAUUGCAAUAAUUAGUGAUUAAAGUGUCCCAUUUUUGUUACCUCGUCCUCGUUUUUCCAUAAUGAUUUUUAA